AUGAACGACGAAUCGGAAAAAUCUGAAUACUUUGAAAAUUAUCAAGAUAUAGAUGUUCAUCAUUUAAUGCUAUCCGACGAACCCAGAACACUUGCUUAUAAAAAUGCAAUUUUCAAUAUGAAGGAUCGGUUUGCUGAUAAAAUUGUGAUGGAUGUUGGCGCUGGAACUGGUAUCUUAUCAAUUUUUUGUGCUCAAGCUGGAGCUAAAAAAGUAUAUGCUGUUGAAGCAAGCAAUGUAUCAAAAUUAAUUUCUCAAGUAGCGGAAGAAAACAAUGUCGAAAAAAAAAUCCAAGUGAUAUCAAGAAAGGUUGAAGACAUUAAUCCAAAUGACAUAGAAAAAGUUGAUAUUUUAGUGUCUGAGUGGAUGGGUUUUUAUCUACUGCAUGAAGGAAUGCUUGAUUCAGUCUUGUAUGCAAGAGACAAUUUUUUAAAGCCUGAUGGAUUAUUGUUUCCAUCCAUAGCUAAGGUAUACACAGCUCCAUGCGAGUUGUCCAAAUUUAAUUCAUUUUGGGAUAACAUUCAUGGUGUUAGUUUGAAAUGCAUUGCAGAUUUCUAUAAAAAGUCACUUUCAAAACCUCAAGUAUUGACAGUACCCAAAGAUGAUACUUUAGCAGAAGACAAAUUGUUAAUUUGGCUAGAUUUAAAUUCUGUAACAACAGAGGAAUUGGAUGCCUUAGGAGGUGAAGAGACUGUAAUAGUUUGUAAUAAAGAUGGUAAAUAUCAAGGACUUGCUAUUUGGUUUGAAGUUGAAUUUCCAAAUGGCACAUGUUUAAAUACAUCUCCUGCUGCCGAUCCAACACAUUGGAAACAAACAGUUCUUGUUUUGCCAAAGUCUAUAGAUGUGAGUGAAAAAGAGCCCAUAGCUUUUAAACUACAGUUAAACAGAGAUGUUUCAAAUAGAAGAUGGUAUAAAGUACAAUAUGAAAUGUUGGAUGCUUUUGAGACCGAACAUGAUAUACCUUGUGAUUGUUAUAUGACUAAAUGUAUUGUUUCCAAAGCAUACAUUGAAACUCUUAGUGAAGAGGUGAUAGAAAAAUAA